GCGGUAAAAUAAUGCGAAAGGGUACUAAAAGUGUGUCGAAAGAGUUGCUACUCUACAUCCUUCUAUCCAAACUACUCUUCGCAAAAUACGAAAAUACAAAGAAACGAAUUUCGUAUACUAACUUGGAGAGUUCAACGAUAGCGAAAUAUAGAAGAAUAUUAAAAAGAGCCUAACCAAGCAGAACAAAACAGAGUAAGCAAAAUAGUAGCUAGGUGACACAGGAAAAUUUCCAAGAAAAAAUUCCGCAUGUCUGUUCCACCACUACCGAACGAGCGUGGCGCGUGGCGAGAAUCUUGCGCACCACGCAACGAUGGCAUCAUGCGAGCUGCUUUGCGGUGGGAGUCCGAGCGACGUCGUCCGAGAGCCUCUGAUCUACGCGCGCAAAUGCGAGAUGAAAGAGAUGCCUAUCAAGAGGUACUUCUACAAGGUUCCUAUUCUCAUAAGCGAGAUAAGCCGGCUUGUAAGCCCAAGAAGCGCCCAAAGCAGCCGCCGCCUUUCCAAAUCUUACCUGAGUCUCAUUGAUUUAGGUCUGCGCACUGUUGGAGCAGGAUAUCGCGCGGGUUGAUGAUCGUUUGGCCGACGCAGAAGCCGAAAGUAUUGCGAUCGAAGACUCCUCUGUCGUUGAGCAGCGUCUUAUCGAUACCACAAAUUUGAUCCGACUUUUGUUAUGGGACGGAUUUGCUUGCAAAGUGACUUCGCAACGGACUUGCUUCGGAGGUAGCUUGACUACUCUCUGACUAAUUAGGAUGUCUUGAAGUCGAACUCGAACUUAGUUGUAGUUCUUGUUGCUUGCUUGCUUGCUUGCUACACUAGCACCAAUGUAAAAUCGUGAAGUCCUGUCGUCCCUUCUAAUCCCCGGCCGCAUGUCACAAGACCCUACUCUCGCGCCACCGGGUCUCGCUGAGGAUCGAGGUAUUGCUUCCGAUCUAGAGGGCUUAGCUCUAUUGGACGGCCUGGUAUCUCUCGGAAAAGAGAGUGCAGAGUCAUUAGCGAAACACGGUUUGGAACGAGAAGGAUGCGCAGAAGUGAUGGGAGAAGCAGGUAAAAGCAGAGGCGGUUAUAGAAGACCAUUAAUGAUUAUAUGAAAGUUACUAGUGGAAAGAACUAAAUUUCCGAUGGGAUCUGUAUCUCUCGCACCGCCUUAAUCCUUGUGGCCAUUCGAGGCGUGAAGGUUCCUAGAAUGAAGAAGCCAGCAAAUUGAAUCCGGUCUCACCUCUUUCCGUGGUGAGCUCGGAAAUAUUGCGGCUACACCUUUUGAUGCCAUUGAUCAAUCAUGUUCGGAUGUCUACGUCGUCAACAGGGUUGCAAGUGAAAAAUUGAAAGUCUCAAUCCUUAUCCCAGUCUCAAAGUCAUACCCCCAAAUGAUUUCAUCUGAUGGAAAUAACUCGCAGCGGUCGCCUCCGCAACCGAUUCUGGCGCUCUGCCGAUUCUGAUUAGUGGCUUACUUCCGCCGACUGAUACAACUUAUAAGAGGACAGUGCGAGUAUCUUCUUUUGCCAAUUUGUCUGGGGAUACGUGUCCAGCCCACGCGCGAGAGUUGCAGGCUCUAGGCCUGCCAGAGAGGUUAGCGCCAGCUCUAAGGGAGUUUCGAGAUAAGCGAAAGCUAGUACCCUUCGAACCAGAAGACCCGAAUGAGGCGUGGCAACGGCUACAUGCCACGCAAUUCUUUCGCUAUGUGGAGCGAUUGGCUGAGAGAGGUAAAGAGUCAUUUGAUAAGAUUACUAGGAGCUAUGAUAUUAACAUUGAAUUAUUUUUUAAUACCUUCUUAAGUGCUGGCCUUAGAGAAGAUGUUUCUAGAGAUCUUCGCUUGCUGCUUUGCAGCCUUUCUAUCUGAAGCCGUGAAAGAAAAUCCUUCUCCUUAAGCCCACAACAGAUCCCGAAACUCGAGAAUUGGAAGAUCGAUUGACCAAUUUGCGAUUUCAAGCGGGCCUAGGUCUUCCGGAGGACAGGCAUAUACUGGAUUGGCGCGAAGCGCACGAGGCAGACUUGGCCGAGGAGUUGGCAGCUCUAAGAGCAUCGUCAGAAGUAGAUUUUAUACCGAUGUCAGAUGACGAGUCUGAAGAGGAAGAAGGAGAGGGGAUCAAUUAGUAGGCAGGUAAAGGAGCGGGAAAACUUUUGUAUUCUGGCACAGGUCAUUCUUCGAUCUGGUUUCACUUUCGCGAACAAGAGGAAGACGCGACGAACGACGAAGCAACCUAAGUAAAACUAUCAGUUGUAACUGUAGGUAUACAUAGCACCACAGAUACAUGAAAGAUAUUGAUUCAUGUGUACAAAGUCUUCACCGUUAAGUCUUUAUGUUCAGAGUGUUGAGGAUGAGUUGUGAUACCCAUAAGUACCCGAAGCCUUCUUGACACGCAUGUUCGACUAAUAGGCAGCAGACGAGUGCCUUCCACAUGGAGAGGCAAGAGCAACACUAAAAAUUACCCAUGAACUUCUAGUAUUCUGUUCCUGUCAUCUGUAUCAUCACGAUUCGAGCGACUCACGCAGGCAACUCCUCGACGUUUCUUCCCUUACUACAUAUCUUAUGUUGCAUCAUGGCGUUCCGCAUCCGCAAACUACGUUUACCCCCGAAAGGUGAUUUUCCAAAUUGUGUUACAUAUAGUACAUAUGCACAUCAAGAAAAUUUUGAUGACGGAAGUUGAGCAUCAGUAUGCUGUGAAAUUUUUUUUACACACGAUGGAUUUGUGCAUUGAUUUAUUACUCGGCCAAAGUCUCGAGGCUGCGAAUAUCAUCAAUUCUCUUUGACUUUGUGUAAGAAUAUGAUUUUUUUAUUUUUCUUGAGUUUUGUUUGAUAUCCAGAUCACUUAUUGCCGUCGGCCGUUGCUGUUUGAGAUUGAGCGUGAAGAUUCGUCUACGUACUAGUUUAUGAAAUGAAUUUAAUCGAAGAUAUUUUAUUCGGAAAAUGCUUGUUGACCUUGUCCGGCUCCCAUAGCCAUGAUUAUUGAAAGAACUAUUAGGACUAGAUAGAAAUAUAUGAUACAAAAAAUGGAAAAUAAGCUUGGUUUUUCGCUUCCUUGCACUUUUGAUCUCCACGUAGAUUCAUGCCUCUACCGAGUGCCGCUCCCGCCGAGGUGAUCCACCUAUCUUACCAACCUGCCACGACGAAAUCUUGUAGGUUCUCGCUGAUCACUUGAAUUCGGAAAAAGAUAACUGCAAAUCUGGAUGUGGAGCCAGAGGAAGAGCAACAGGAAGUGCGCAUUAGUAUUCGUGGUCGUUUUUCAAAGUGCAGGUAUGUGGUAGCCAUAGCGUCGGUUACGGUAAAAAACCUUCUGAGAAACAAAGAAUA